UAAGAGAUGUCGUUUCUAGUCUAUCUCUUUCUAUUUCUAUAUUUAUAUAUGGAAAGUUAAAGUUAAAAAAUCAUCAUAUAAUAAUCCAGAAAUUGCAAUACAAACGAAAAAGGGAGGUUUGUGAUGAUUUUUCAAUCUUUUCUACUAGGUAAUCUAGUAUCCUUAGGCAUGAAGAUAAUCAAUUCGGUCGUUGUGGUCGGACUCUAUUAUGGAUUUCUGACCACAUUCUCCAUAGGGCCCUCUUAUCUCUUCCUUCUCCGAUCUCAGGUUAUGGAAGAAGGAGAAGAAGGAACCGAGAAGAAGGUAUCAGCAACAACUGGUUUUAUUAUGGGACAGCUCAUGAUGUUCAUAUCGAUCUAUUAUACGCCUCUGCAUCUAGCAUUGGGUAGACCUCAUACAAUAACUGUCCUAGCUCUACCCUAUCUUUUGUUUCAUUUCUUCUGGAACAAUCACAAACACUUUUUUGAUUAUGGAUCUACUAGCAGAAAUUCAAUGCGUAAUCUCAGCAUUCAAUGUGUAUUCCUGAAUAAUCUCAUUUUUCAAUUAUUCAACUAUUUCAUUUUACCAAGUUCAACGUUAGCCAGAUUAGUCAACAUUUAUAUGUUUCGAUGCAACAACAAGAUGUUAUUUGUAACAAGUAGUUUUGUUGGUUGGUUAAUUGGUCACAUUUUAUUCAUGAAAUGGGUUGGAUUGGUAUUAGUCUGGAUACAGCAAAAUCAUUCUAUUCGAUCUAAUAAGUACCUUGUGUCAGAAUUGAGAAAUUCUAUGGCUCGAAUCUUUAGUAUUCUCUUCUUUAUUACCUGUGUCUACUAUUUAGGCAGAAUGCCGUCACCUAUUUUUACUAAAAAACUGAAAGAAACCCCAGAAACGAAAGAAAGUGAGGAAGAAACAGAACAGGAAGAAGAGGGAUUCACCGAAGAAGAUCCUUCUCCUUCCCUUUUUUCGGAAGAAAAGGAGGAUCCGGACAAAAUCCAAAUCGAUGAAAUGGAAAAGAUCCGAGUGAAUGGAAAGGACAAAACAAAGGAUGAAUUCCACUUGCACUUAAAAGAAGCAUGCUAUAAAAAUAGCCCAACUUCGUUAGAAAUACUUAAAGAAGAAAAGAAAAACUUCUUCGGGUUUGAAAAAUCCCUUCUUUUUCUUCUUUUCGACUAUAAACGUUGGAAUCGUCCAACGCGAUAUAUAAAAAACAAUCGAUUUGAAAAUGCGGUAAGAAAUGAAAUGUCACAAUAUUUUUUUUAUACAUGUCAAAAUGAUGGAAAACAAAGAAUUUCUUUUACAUAUCCACCCAGUUUAUCAAUUUUCUGGGAAAUGAUACAAAGAAAGAUUUCUUUGGAUACAACAGAAAAAUUCUUAUAUGAUGAUGAACUAUCCAAUAAUUGGAUUUCUACAAAUGAACAAAAAAGAAACAGUUUAAGCAAUGAAUUAAAUAAUAGAAUUACGGUUCUAGACAAAGACAUUUUUUAUAUAGAUGUACUCGAUAAAAAAACAAGAUUAUGCUUAGAAAACAAAAUAGUAAAUUAAUAAAAAAAUGGAUACAUAGAAUAAAUACCAAAAAAGAUACGAGGAGAUUCGACCCCCUC